UGCAGUCCGGUCUGGGUAACCUCCUCCCCGGUGUUUGUGUAUGUGGAAUGCGGGUCAAGCGGAACUCACGGCCAAAAAACCUGCGCUUCACACAUCAAAAAACUCAAAAACACCGGCUUUCAUCGGCCUGAAGUGCUCUGUAUGUACCGUCCAAUUCUUUUCUUCAACUACAAGCAGGUUUUAAGUCAUGUUGCAUAGAUAUAUUUGUCAGAAUGUUUCUUAACGAUGUUCUUAUUUUGAACGAGUCGAUGUUUUUCUAGUAUGGUCGCACGAGCAACGCGACAUCGUCAUUUCAAAAUGGCGCCAAAGAUUAACCUCAGCCAGUGGAUCAGCCAGUAAAGCCAGUAAAGCCCUGUUGGCUAGCAACCUCAAGAUAGCACAACAACACUGUUGUACUAGUUAUUUAAGGUAGUCAGUUAGAAACAUUCAUGAGCGUGUUCACGUGAUGGGUAGUUUGUUUUUGAAUCAAUUAUUGACCCUUAACCCUUUACAAAUAACUGACCUAGAGAAGCUAACAUUAUGCUAGCAGCGUUAGCUAAUGAUAACUAGCUACCUGUAGCCUCCAGCUAACGAGCUAGCCGAUGUUGCUAACCUACAAACGUCAGCUAAAGUUAACGUCCAGACUAACGCAUGUAUAUAAAAAUAGGCGUAGCGUUAACCCUGUUGAUAGUAACCGCCACUUAAUGCUAAAUGUCUUAUUUGAAGUUGACGUAGCAACAUUCUUGUGGUAGAAAAACAUUCUACGUAUAGGCCCGCGUGUUGCGUAACGGUAGUUCUAGCUAGCUAGCAUUUGCAGUGUGAUUCACAAAAUCGCAACGCUAUGUGGUCUAAAAUUAUAGCUAAUUAGCGUCCACCGUUGUAAAAAUUACACGAAUCUUGCCCUGCGUGUGUUAACCAUGUUGUCAGGCUUUAACAGUAUAUAGGCCACCUUGUGUUUUAGUCUAGCUAGCUAACGUUAGCUGCUCGUUAUUUAGCCGAUACUUUCGGUUGCAUGUUUGCUGGAAGAAGGGGCGUCACACAAGCUAGCCUGCUGUUAGCCUGUUAGCACCUUUCCUCCUUGUGCACGCUGCCGGCAGAUCCUAAAAUAUGUCCACAUGUCGGGAGUAUUAGAGUCCCCGCUGAUGCUUUCUGCACGUCGCAAGCCGAACUCGUACAAAGGCGUUGUUUCCUGCCCGUGUUGCAUGUGGUUGCUUAUUCUGACUGUGGUAUGUAUGUACACAUCAACAUUAGAUACGGGGGCUGUCUGUGUGCUGUCAGAUAGCGACGUGUCAUUACUACUGUUUUACUUUGAUAUCUACCUGUUUAUGUUGAAGAAACCUAAUGUUUUUAAUAGAGUAGAGCUGUUGUAAACAUUGAGAGACAUUCAAAACUAUCUGCAGAAGAUGAGCAAGUGGCUGCAGGGAUAGUCUGCUGGUUGUUUGGUCUAGAAAUGAUCUUAAAUCAGCAAAUGAACUGUGUUCAGCAGCAGCGUGAGUGCUUUAACAUGUCGGUAAUGUUUAUGUCAUGCGUUUGCUUUUAUUUAUGGUAGAAACUUGAUGUGUAAUUGUUGAUGAUUCUGUAAUUGAUUUCUGUUGUCUUAUAAAGUUGUUGCCUUGUUAACUUGCUCAUCAAGUAUGUCAUGGAUUAAUCAUUGUGUGUUGUGACAUGUCAGUUUUUGAGACUCCCAAAUGUUUAAAAUGUUCUUUUAUCAUAACUGUUAUAUCUUGUAGAUGGUCAUCAAUCCAUUGUUUAACUGAACCUCCUGUCUAGUUUGUGUGAAGUCUCCCUAAGCCGGAGCUCCGCAGACGGACGAAGAUGAUGAAGAGGACCAGGCACCCCAGCAGCAGCGAUGACUCUGACAAUGGAAGUAAUUCCACCUGCUGGUCACAACACUCCUCACAGCCUAGGAGGGGGACCGGUCAGAAAGCCUCCGAGGUUUUCAGGACUGACCUGAUCACCGCCAUGAAGGUGCACGACUCGUACCAGCUGAACCCGGAGGAGUACUACAUCCUGGCCGACCCGUGGCGGCAGGACUGGGAGAAGGGCGUCCAGGUUCCCGUCAGCCCCCAGUCCAUCCCACUACCGGUCACCAGGGUGUUGGCCGAGAAAGGAAAGGAGGUCAUGUUCGUCAAGCCAAAGAAGAUGAUCCGGACGUCGGGCGCCGAGGCGCUGGGCUACGUGGACAUCCGGACGCUGGCGGAGGGGAUGUGCCGCUACGACCUGAACGAGGAGGACGCGGCCUGGCUGCAGACUGCCAACUGGGAGUUUGCAGAGAUGGCCAUGCCACCGCUGGACGAGAUCACCAUGGAGCGGGCGAUGGAGGAGUUUGAGCGCUGCUGCCACGAAAACAUGACGCACGCCACGGAGACGGAGGAGGGGCUGGGCAUCGAGUAUGACGAGGACGUCGUGUGUGACGUCUGCCGGUCGCCCGACGGGGAGGACAACAACGAGAUGGUGUUCUGCGACAAGUGCAACAUCUGCGUUCACCAGGCCUGUUACGGGAUCCAGAAAGUCCCAAAGGGCAGCUGGCUGUGCCGGAUCUGCGCACUCGGCAUUCUGCCAAAGUGCCAGUUAUGUCCGAAGAAGGGGGGGGCCAUGAAGCCCACCCGGAGCGGAACCAAGUGGGUCCACGUCAGCUGUGCCUUGUGGAUCCCAGAGGUGAGCAUCGGGAACCCGGAGAAGAUGGAGCCGAUCACCAACGUGUCCCACAUCCCCAGCAACAGGUGGGCUCUGAUGUGCUGCCUGUGCAAAGAGAAGGCCGGAGCGUGCAUUCAGUGUUCGGCGAAAAACUGCCGGACGGCCUUCCACGUGACGUGCGGCCUCCACGCCGGCCUGGAGAUGAACACCAUCCUCACGGAGGACGACGAGGUCAAGUUCAAGUCCUACUGCCCCAAACACUCGGGGCUCGAGGGCGCCGAGUCCAGGGACCGAGACUCGGGAGGCGAGGAGGAGAAGGAGAGCGCCAGAGACAAGAAGGGCAAGAGGAGAGGCAGGGUGAGAGAGGAGGAGGACGCCUCCCCCUGUUCCUCGUCCUACGUGGCUCCACAGAUCACCGUCAGGGCGCCCAGCGACCUCGAGCUGCUCGCCAGCCGCCAGCAGGAGAAGAGAGUCAGCCUGCGCAAGCUGAAGCUGCAGCAGAUGGAGGAAGAGUUCUACCAGUUUGUGGAGGUGGAGGAGGUGGCCGGUCACCUGAAGCUGCAGCCGGAGGUGGUGGACUUCCUGUUUCAGUACUGGAAGCUGAAGCGCAAAGCCAACUUCAACCAGCCGCUCCUCACGCCCAAGAAGGAUGAGGAGGAGAGCCUAGCGCGCCGCGAGCACGAGGUGCUGCUGCGACGCCUGCAGCUCUUCACGCACCUGCGGCAGGACCUGGAGAGGGUCCGUAACCUCACCUACAUGGUGACUCGGAGGGAGAAGAUGAAGCGCUCGCUGUGGAGGGUCCAGGAGCAGAUCUUCCAGCAACAAGUCCGGCUGCUCGACCACGAGCUGCUCUCGGGCGAUCCUCCAGAGAAGCUCUCCUCGCUGGGCUGGUUGUCCUCUCAGGGCUCCCAGUCUCGCUCCUCCAUGAAAACCAAACCGCCGUCUUUAAAGCAGGAAAAAAGGAAGAGCGGGUACAGAAAGGGCCUCUCUGACUCCGCCCACUCUCACAGGAAGGAGAAUCUGAGCAAACCUCUGGAGACGAGGGACAGUAGAAGCUCCCGGAUCAGAGAGUCGGGGCCCGCCGAGGACACGAGCGACGCCAAAACCCACAACUCUGAGAUCAGCCAGGAGAUCCAGAUCCCAAAGCUUCACAAGCCAGCGGUCGUUCAGCAGACGAUCACCGUCAAGCUGCACCGAGCCGAGUGCAGGAAAGGCCCCCGGAGGGAGGCCCCGGGGCCCGAACACGAGGCGCUGUCUAGACGGAAACGAGAAAACGACCACGAGCAAGAGGAGAGGAGGAGGAAGAGGAGGAGCGACACGACGGAAAGCUUCCCCAGCCAGGAGAAGAACAGGUUCGGGUCGAAACAGCUAGAGAAAACUGUGUCCAUCCGGCUGGUGGACAUCAGGAACUCUGACAACGACGACUACUUCCUGGACGAACGGAUGACCAAAAGAAGCCCCGCCUCUCUGGAGCUGACGACCAACACUAAACUCAAUCGGGCCAAUGAGAUUUCAGCCGCCGCCAAAGCUAAAACCAACGGCUGGCUCAGGAAAACUCAGACGAACGGCUCACACACAACCAACAGACACGUGGGCGGACAUCUUAGAAGCUGGGGGAAGUUCAGGAUCCCGAAGAGGAGAGAGAGGCCUCUGACGGCAGACGACGAGGAGGAAGAGGAAGAGGAGGAGCACCGCAAGACCCCGGAGCCGUCGUACCCGAAGACCAGACUCCGCACGGGGGCGGAGAGCGACGGCUACGCCUCCGACUCCAAACCGGGCGACGGCGAGCCGGAGCCCUGCCUGAAGCGAUGCCACUCCCACCAGCUGAGGGGCGACUCGUCGCUCGGCCGGCGCUACGGGUCCGACAUCAUCCGCCGAGGCGUGCUGGCCUCCUGAUGGCGGAGCAACACGUUAAGAGAUAAGCUGCACUGUGUCAGUCGGAGAGGAACCACGUCGCUCUUUGUACCUUUUUAAUUUUUUUUCCUCGACGAAUCGUAGAAAUGCCUGAUGAUUGAAAAAACACAGAGCUGAUAUUUAUUUUUUAUUUGUAACAUAUGUAAAUCUGGGAAAUAUUUUACUUUAUUUUGAGCUAGUUUUUUUUUUCUCUUAAAAGUAGAAAGAUGUCAAGUUGCCACUUAAACGCUCGCUCAGCGUAUUUACAAGCAGAAGCGUCCACGCGGGAGAAGUCGUGGAUGUUGCUCGGGACCAUAAGCUUGCAAUGUAGUUGGUCUUUAGACAAAGUAUUAAACUCAGUUGCACUUAGAUGAAAACGCUGACGCGGAUAAUCGCCGUGUCAGCGGAAUAGGAUUCUUUAGGUCUUUGUUUUUUUGAAUCAAGCUUCAUCGGACGUUAACAGCUACAGACAGUCAAACUGCCCUUUUAUCGCUAUUUAAACUCCGGCUGUCUUCAUCUCUUCAGUCUGCGAUUGUUGAACGUUAUGAACUUGGAAACCACACAAAUGAAUUCAGAAUGACGUUUUCCUUCAUCAGCACUAAAGUGUAAUUGAACUGCGAUCGUAUCGUAUCCAUCAUGUGCCUAACUUUUAUUUGAAGCGUUUGCACUACGAGAGGACGGCACAGUUGUGAGGUAUGAGUAGAGUUAUUUUUACACUGAAAGAUUUAAAGAAGCGUUUUGUACCCUCGGCCGCUGCUGUACUGCUGUUAUGCAAAAUGAAACUUGUUUUUGUCGUUGUCUUAAAGAGGAAUAAAAACUCUGGAGGACUGAAGUCUGGGAUCCGUACUUGACUUAUCUUUACGAACAACUCCCGAACAAGUUCAUCCAUUAGAAUACAGCAAACGUUAUUCUGAGGAGGAAGUUCCUAAUGCUGAAACAAUGCUGACUUUCUACAGAAGUAACAAAGGAAUAAAACACUUUUUUUUUUUUAAGCUGAAAUGAGUUGUUAAUCUGCAACUAUUUUGGUAAUCGGUUAAUAAUUAAAGUCAUAUUUCAAACAAAAACAAAAACAUGCUAAUUCAAGAUUUCCAGACGUGAGUAUUUACUGCUUGUGUUUUAUAUAUUUGGGGUUUGUGUUGGUCGGCAAAAACAAGACAUUUGAAGCUCGGGGAAACUUGACGUGUGCAUUUAUAGACCUUACAAUUAAGAAAAUAAUCUGCAGAUGAAUCUAAUAUAGUUACAGCCUUUUCUAUUUUACUGUAUCUUACAUUGAGAAAUAUAAAUGUUUUUCUGGAAAUCCCUCUUUUUACAAAAGUAGUAUCUGAAUAGCUUUUCCUAAAUAAAAUCUUAAAACAAAAUGUCAUUACAGAAACUGUCGGAAAAGUAAAUAUAGUAUAGUAUGUCAAAAAUGUAAAAGUAUAGCAUGUCGAAACGAGUCCAAAAAAAGUCAGUAUAUGUCG